ACAAGUGCUACCUGUCUACUCCUUGAGCAGCCGAUCCAAACACAUACAAAGAAAUCAGCUAGCUAGCCACCAACAAAAAGCUAGCAGUAACGACAUGAGGCCGUCGUCUCUUCUUGCCGUUGCUCUCCUGCUUGCCACCAUCGUCCUUGCAAUCGUCAAUGCCGAAGAGUACACGAUUGCCGCUCCAGCACCAAGCCCACUCCCACUAGCGGCAAGCCCGCCAUCGCCACCUCCACCGGUGGUUAGCCCUCCUCCUCCUCCACCGCCGCCACCACCGGUGAAACCUCCGGCGUGGUCGCCCGUGACGGACGUGAACGACAGGACGGUCCGGCAGGUCGGGCAAUUCGCCGUGCACGCCUACUGCCUCAGCACUGGGGCGCGGCUGGUGUUCGUGAACGUCGUCAGCGGCCAGACCCAGCCGUACAACGACGGGAACAGCUACCAGCUGGUGAUCACCGUGGCUGGCCCCGGCGCGAAGACGACUCGGUAUAGCGUGUCCGUGUGGGGUAUCCUUGGCACGACGACUUGGCAGCUCCGGUCCUUCGCGCCCAUGUAAGUGAUAGGAUGAAGCCGAGAAUGUCAAGAUCGAGGGGUAAUAAACUGUAGGCGCGUUUAUUUGUUGACCGCUCCAACUUCAGUUGUCAACUAGUCAUAGAUCUAAUAGCCAGAAAGUGUGCGUGCCAGCAUACGUGUUUGUAUUUUGUGUUGGUUCAUCGUAAGUUGUCGUCGAGUGUCUGAAUGUGCAUUUCAGUACAGAGACGUUGUUCAUGUAUUUUCCGUGUCUUUCCCAAGCGUACAAUAAACA